GUGGCUCCUGAAUUUUCUCUGGGAUUGACAUUAUCUCGGAACUCUUCUUUGUGCAGAAGACGUGAAAGCUUUUGACUUCCUGUUUACAAUCUGGCGCGAAAUUAUACAGAAAAUACAUUGCUGUUGACUGUUGUAAAUCAAUAAUGCAUCCCUUUUUUAAGCCCCGAGAGGCUGGAACUACUUCAAAAGACCCAAAAUCACUGGAAGCAGCUGGUUCAGGGAAAGGAGGAAAAUCAAAGCAGAAACAUGUGCCAUGGGUGGAGAAAUUUCGGCCUCGAUCCGUGGACGACGUUGCCUAUCAAGAUGAAGUUGUUGCCGUCCUGAAGAAAUCCCUGGAAGGAUCAGAUCUUCCCAACCUUUUGUUCUAUGGACCCCCGGGAACCGGAAAAACUUCCACCAUUUUGGCUGCUGCAAGAUCUUUGUUUGGAGCUGAGAUGAUGAAACUGAGAGUCUUGGAGUUAAAUGCUUCUGAUGAACGUGGAAUAAAUGUUGUUCGAGAAAAAGUGAAAAAAUUUGCCCAGACUACAGCAAGUGGAACGAGACCAGAUGGGAAGCCCUGCCCUCCAUUUAAGAUCAUCAUUCUGGAUGAGGCAGAUUCAAUGACGGCACCGGCUCAGGCUGCCCUCCGCAGAACGAUGGAGAAGGAGAGUAAAUCGACCCGGUUUUGUCUGAUCUGUAACUAUGUCAGCCGCAUCAUUGAGCCCAUUGCCUCCCGCUGUGCCAAGUUCCGGUUCAAACCUCUAGCAGACCAGAUUCUCACAGAGAAAUUGCAGGAAAUUUGUGAGGCAGAAAAAAUAAGCUAUGACAAGGAGUCCAUCAAAGCCUUGAUUGACAGUUCAGAGGGCGAUAUGAGAAAGGCGAUAACUUACCUUCAGAGUGUGGCUCGAUUAAAAGGAGAUGAGGAAGUUACAAAGGCAGAUGUCUACGAAAUAGCUGGGGUUAUAUCGGACGAAACGAUUGACGUGUUAAUCAAAGUUUGUCACUCAAAUUCCUACGAAAAGCUCGAAAAAAAAGUUCAGGAGGUAAUGUUUGAAGGGCAUUCUGCAGCUCAGAUCAUCACACAGCUUCAUGACAAGAUUGUGCAACUGGACAACCUCAAUGACCAGCAGAAGUCAGUUAUCUGUGAAAAACUGGCAGUGGUGGACAAGUGUUUGAUGGAUGGCGCGGACGAGUACUUACAGUUGAUGGCUCUAUUUACCACCAUGAUGCGGGAGAUCUGUCGCUGACCAGCGCUUGAGGGGUGCUGACCAUUGCUUGGUGGGAUGCUGACCAAUGAUUGAGGGUGGGGAUGCUGACCAAUGAAUGGGGGAAGGGAUGCUGACCAGUGCCUGGGGGGGGAUUGGAGGCUGAUAAGUGAGUGGGGGUGGGGGGAUCCCACUGGUCACACAUGCUCAUGUUCUCUGUUACAAUACUGUAGACGGCUUUAUAGUUUCCCCAAACAUUGUCUUACUCACAUGUCUCAAGAAAUCUCAACCAUAAACUGAUGUUAUGUUCUGAUGGUUAGCAAGUGUAAUUUCCCCAACUGUGUAUGUUCAUGAUUUUGAGAUUCUAACAGCUGAACGAAACAGAUAAUAAAUUAUUUCAAUGUA